UCACCACUGCUCCCUCUCUCUCUACAAUACAUACAAUCCAUCAUCAUAUAGUGAUAUACAUACAAACAUGGCUGUGUGCAAACAAUAUUGUUUCUCACUUGUCUUCAUGACCUUUUUGUACGUAACAUGUACACUAGCAGCCAAUGCUCAGUACAACGUUGAAAGCUAUGGAGCAAAACCCGAUGGUAAGACUGACUCCACCAAGGCCUUUAUGGCCGCAUGGACGGCUGCCUGUGCCUCCACUUCCCCGGCCACCAUUAACGUCCCGUCGGGAAGGUUCCUGCUUGGCAGUGCGAUCACAUUUGGAGGCCAAACAUGCAAGAGCAAGGCCAUAAGGUUUGAAAUAGAUGGAACAAUUGUUGCCCCAUCUGACUAUAAUGUUAUUGGAAAGGCUGAUAAUUGGAUCAAAUUUGUAAGGGUGAGCGGAGUUUCCAUUGUGGGCGGAACCCUAGACGCCAAGGGUGCUGCUCUUUGGUCCUGCAAAAGCUCCUCCAAGAGUUGUCCAGAUGGAGCUGGGACACUGGCGUUUUACAACUCAAACAACGUUGUUAUCGACGGACUAAGUUCACAAAACAGUCAGAAGUUUCACAUUCGCAUUGAAAGCUGCCAUAACGCCAAGUUACAAGGAGUGAAGGUCUCGGCUGCCGGAAACAGCCCCAACACCGACGGAAUCCACGUGCAGUCGUCGACAGGUGUAACAAUCUUGAAUUCCCACAUCGGCACCGGUGAUGACUGUAUCUCCAUCGGUCCUGGGAACUCCAACUUGUGGAUUGAAAACAUCGCCUGCGGCCCCGGCCACGGAAUCAGCAUUGGGAGUUUAGGUUGGAAAGAGCAGGAGGCUGGAGUACAAAAUGUGACGGUUAAAACCGCUACCUUUACCGGCACUCAGAAUGGGUUGAGGAUCAAAACGUGGGCAAGGCCAAGCAAUGGAUUUGUGAAAAAUGUUGUUUUCCAACACGCAGUAAUGUCUAACGUUAAACACCCCAUCAUCAUCGACCAAAAUUACUGUCCUAACAACCAAAAUUGUCCUCAUCAGGGCUCGGGCGUGAAGAUAAGCAACAUAAAGUAUAAAGACAUACAUGGUACAUCAGCGACGCAAGUGGCGAUGACAUUCGAGUGCAGCAAGACACAACCGUGCCGUGGCAUAACGUUGGACGAUGUAAACUUGACGUACAAAAAUCACCCGGCUCAAGCCUCAUGCUCUAACGCCGGAGGGACGUCUUCCGGUUCCGUUACGCCGGCGAGCUGCCUCUAAGCGCUUCAAAAUAUACAUACACACAUGCUUUAAUUUUCAGAUGAUUGAAUAUAAUUGAAGUAAUUCAUAUAAUUUGUCACUUAUAUAUAGUUGAAGCUGUUGGCGUCUAUGUUAGCCUCAUUUGGCUUUACGUCUAUACGUACAAAAAUGUAUAUACUCACAAUAAUACUAUAUAUACGUUUGCUUUUUCGAAUAAUAUAUUAAUAUAAUUGUAAAAUUUGGAAUCAA